AUGGCCGGUGCUCUGCAGAAUGCGAAACGGGACCUCCCAAAGAUCAGAGAUGAAGAGCGCGAGAGCCGCUUCGGCCAGGUCUUUGGUGUAUCUGGGCCUGUCGUUGUCGCAGAGAACAUGAUAGGCGCAGCCAUGUACGAGCUAGUACGCGUUGGCCACGAUGAGCUGGUGGGAGAGGUCAUUAGGAUCGAAGCCGACAAGGCUACCAUCCAAGUAUACGAAGAGACAUCAGGGGUUACAGUAGGUGAUCCGGUGUUGCGCACGGGGAAGCCUCUGAGCGUCGAGCUCGGCCCAGGCUUGAUGGGGAACAUUGUCGAUGGUAUUCAACGCCCUCUCCGAUCCAUUCAAGAACUCUCGAAAUCCAUCUACAUACCUCGCGGCAUCAACACUGAUGCACUUGACCGAUCAUUACAAUGGGACUUCACGCCAACCACUUUCAAGGUUGGCGACCAUAUAUCCGGAGGUGACAUUUUCGGGAAUGUCUACGAGAACUCGCUUGUCGACAAACACAAAAUCAUGCUCUCGCCGCGUGCAUUGGGCACCAUCACCCACAUAGCCGAGAAAGGAAGUUACGCCGUCAAUGACAUCGUACUGGAAACGGAGUUCGACGGCAAGAAGACAAAGCAUACCAUGAUGCAACUUUGGCCAGUCCGGGCGCCUCGACCAGUUGCCGAGAAAAAGACUGCCGAUCACCCUCUUCUGACUGGCCAGCGUAUCUUGGAUGCCCUUUUCCCGUGUGUGCAAGGAGGCACCACGGCUAUCCCUGGAGCCUUUGGUUGUGGCAAGACUGUUAUUUCACAAGCACUUUCCAAAUACUCGAAUAGCGACAUCAUUGUCUAUGUCGGUUGCGGAGAGCGAGGAAAUGAGAUGGCCGAAGUCUUGAUGGAGUUCCCCGAACUUACCAUGGACGUCGGCGACCGUCAAGAACCUAUCAUGAAGCGUACAACGCUCGUUGCCAACACUUCAAAUAUGCCUGUCGCCGCCCGUGAAGCCUCCAUCUACACCGGUAUCACGCUUUCAGAGUACUUCCGUGACCAAGGCUCCAAUGUUGCUAUGAUGGCGGACUCGACGUCCCGUUGGGCUGAGGCUCUUCGUGAAAUCUCCGGUCGUCUCGCAGAAAUGCCCGCAGAUUCAGGUUACCCCGCAUACCUUGGAACGAAACUUGCUAGCUUCUACGAGCGUGCUGGUAAGGUCGUCUGUCUGGGCAACCCGGUCAGAGAGGGAACUGUAUCCAUCGUCGGAGCUGUCUCGCCCCCUGGUGGUGAUUUCUCAGACCCUGUCACUUCCGCCACGCUUGGUAUCGUACAGGUCUUCUGGGGUCUGGACAAGAAACUCGCCCAGCGCAAGCAUUUCCCAUCCGUGAACUGGUCGCUGUCAUACUCGAAAUACAUCAAGGUCCUCGAACCGUACUACGAAUCGACGGAGCCUGGCUUCGUCGAGCUGCGCAUGAAGACAAAGGAAAUUUUGCAAAAGGAAGAAGACCUCGCCGAAAUCGUCCAGCUUGUCGGAAAGAGUGCACUCGGAGAGAACGAUAAGAUAACGCUCGAAGUAGCCCGUAUGCUCAAGGACGAUUUCCUGCAGCAAAACGGUAUGAGCGAGUACGAUCGAUAUUGCCCAUUCUACAAGACGAGUGCGAUGCUACGGAACUUUGUCGGGUUCCAUGAUGCCGCUAUCAAGGCUGUAUCGCAAGGCGACCUCACGUUCGCCAAGAUCAAGGACUCUGCGUCUGAUAUCAUGUUCAAAUUAUCGCAAAUGAAGUUUGAGUCUCCUUCCCAAGGCAAAGAGCCAAUCAAAGAGAAGCUGGAUACGCUGUACUCUGAAAUCCAAGACAAAUUCCGUCAAAUGGCCGAAUAG